AUGACCUCCACGCCCACAACUUCCCACUUGGAUUUAACAGGUUCAUUUUCUACCCUUGCCUUACUCUUCUGCGUCAUACUGAUCCGUCCAGCAGUCGUCCGUGUCUCCGAAAUAAAAUGGAACCCGACUUAUGGCAGUGAACUACCGAAUCUAUACGUACAGCUCCAGUUCGACAACGUUAAGAGACGAACCAAGACUGUUAAGAGAAGCUUAACUCCUGAUUAUGAUGAACUACUUUCGCUCGAAUUAAAGCCUGGUGGUCAAAGGACGAAGGUUAACAUUCAAGUCAAGCACGAUUCGACAUGGAAAGACAGAUGUGUGGGCGAGAUUGAUGUAGAAUUUUCUGACUUAUUAGCGAGAUGUGCUAAUAGUAAAGUAACGGAGCUUCGUCUUAAUAUGCCCUGUGGUUCAGCAUCGGUAGAAACCGCAGCAGUCCUGCAUUUGCGUCUAGAAGCCGCCAGCGCUUUGAUGGUUGCUAGCCGAAACAUCGAUGCCACCGAACAAGCAAUCCAAGAGAGGGGAAUCCCGCAUGCCGAUCUGUGCAAGUCUGUAGGAACUCUUGUUUCAAAACUAGAUGUGUUGGGUCGUGUUAUGGAUGUCUUAUCACAGGACGUCUGGUCACCCUGA